UUCGCCGACAAUUUCUGGUCGCUCGACGAGCGGUGCAUAUCGGUACUGAUGCACAAACUGAAGAACGCCAAGCAGACCAGCUGCGACAUUUUGCAGAUGGUGUCGACGCGGGCCACCAUGGAGGACGACUUGGGCAAGAAGCUGGCCAAGCUGUCGCGCGCCGGCCUGGGCACUGAGGAAGUCGGCAGUAUCAAGGAUGCCUUGCGCACGGUGCGUGCCGAAAUGGAGAGCAACGCCAAGUGCCAUUUGGAGCUGGCCAGGCAGCUGCGCACCGAGAUUGAAAAGCCGCUGUCCUCAUUCAUCAACGACCAGCGUGCAAAGAGACGCGCGCAGACGUCGAUCAUUCAAAAGACCGAGGGCGAUCGGAACUCGCUCAGGUCGCAGCUGCGCAAGCUGCAGGACAAGCGGCGCGGCGACACAAAAAAGGUCGGCGACCUUGACUUACAGGUCAACGGGCUGCAGGGUGUCGGCGACCCCAAGCUGCGCACCAAGCUGGACCGCGCACAGAUGCAGCAGAAGGCCACAGAGAACGAGUACGUUGAUGUGAGGGAGCGCCUCAAGGACGCCGACCAGCAGUGGUACAAUGUCUGGCGCUCGGCCUGCGACGUGUUCCAGGUGCUCGAGGAGGAGCGCAUAGAGUACCUGAAGACGUGUCUAUGGACAUUCACCAACCUCAUCUCGAGCAGCUGCGUGGCUGACGACGAGUCGAUGGAGCGGAUCCGCCAGGAUCUUGAAAAGAUCAGCGUUGCUGACGAUAUUGCAGAGUUCAUCCAAACAUUUGGAACUGGCGCCCCCGAUCCAGAGCUCGCGCUCGGCCAGCCGGCAGCCGGCGGCGACACCGACCGAGGCAUGCACAAUGGCCAGGCGCCUGGCCAGAUGAUGCAGGCACCUGCAAUGCACUAUGGUGCAAUGGGUAUGCCGCCAAACGCCGGCCCGCCGCAGCCUGUGUAUCGCUCGGCAACACCUGUGCAGCAGUCUCCGCAGUAUGUCGGCAAUAUGAUGAGUCGCCCGCCAACGCAAAUGUCGCACUCGCCGGUGUCUCGUGUGCACCCGCAACAGAUGGGCAGUGCUGUGCCAUCGCCGCAGAUGAACCAGCGCGUCCCCAGCGUCAUGAGCGGUAACUACCAGCACCCGCACCAUACGCAGCAGCAGCAGCAUGCAGCGCCUGCUGCCACGAAUAGCUCUGCAGUGGCAGGCGCUAACCAGCUGUCAGAGAGCGGCAAAGAGAUUUUGUUUUAUGUCAAGGUACUCUACGACUACGACGCCGAUAACAACAAGGAGCUCACAAUAAGAGAGGGCGACGUUAUCUCUGUCCUCGCGGUCAGUGCCGACGGCUGGUGGGACGGCGAGAUGACUGACCGCCGGACUGGCCGCGCAAUCCAGGGCACUUUCCCGUCAAACUUU